GAUAACAGUGUCCGGGCUCUGUGUCCUCUCCGGCUGCAAGUAUCGGGCCACCUUUGAACCACUCCCCCUGUUACUGAGGAGCACUCCGGCUGCAGCUGACCCACCAUGGCCACGUCUCCCGUCAAAGACUUCCUGGUUACCUAUUUAAUGCCAGAGAAAUGUUACGAGAGGAUUUUCGUCAGCUUCCAGUUUAACGCGCCUUGCCUAAAGUUUAUACUGAACAGAAUUGCUGGAUUUUGGAUCAUACUGGACACUUUCCUGGCACAGCUCCCUCAGCUGUUGAAGAUACUAUGGAGAGGAAGUGCAGAAGGCCUGAGUCUGACCUCCGCUCUCCUGCAGCUUUAUGCCUUUUCAUGUCCUGUUGUGUACGCUGUGGCCAACAACUUCCCACCCUUUGCCUGGGGUGAGAGGCUCAUCACGUUGAUCCAGACCGCAGCUAUCAUCUUCCUCAUCCUGCAUUAUCGUGGUGAAACCUUCAAAGGAGCGCUGUUCCUCUUGGCUUAUGGGGCCGUCAUGUUCCUUUUGGGCUCCUACGCAGCUGCAGCAGUUGCCUCAGUGAUGCAGGCCUCCAGUCUGGCAGCUUUAAUUGCAAGCAAGGGUCUCCAGGCUGGAACCAACUACAAAAACGGCCACACAGGACAACUGUCCACUCUGUCUGUGUUACUGUCGUGGGCAGGAUCGCUGGGAGUUUACUUUGUGUCUCUACAGGAGACAGGAAGCUCAUUUGACACUCUGUCACACACACUGUCAGCCGGUCUCAACUGCGUCCUUCUGGCCCAGGUCCUCUGUUGCAGGAGCAGCACCAACACUAAGAAGAAGAGUGAGUAGGGGUGGAGGACAAUGACAAAUUAAGACUCAUAUCAGAUGUGAACCCUUCCUGUCAUUCAGGAAAUGUUUGUGACUCAAGAACUUAAAUACAGCACAGAAGUAGCUGUAAAUGUUUACAAUGUCCUUUUGUAUAAAGACGCCCAUGUGCGACACUGAGAUCUACUUUAAAAGGAGUCAUGAGAACUCUCAUUGUCAUGCUAUGUAAUCAUUUUAUACAAUAAAAAAUGUAUUUCUGCA